AUGAUGGGAGGCGCGAUUGUGGCGGCACUCACGUGCUGGAGAGAUGUUAAAAUUAUGCGCAUAUUCUCCCGUUCCAAAAUUGACAGCUUCUUUGAUGACGAGAAACUAAGCAGUGAUAAGUUGAACGAAUACACGGAAAAGAAGGACGCAACCAUCCGGAAAAUCCAUAAACACUUUCACAAAAACCGCCGGGGGAACCCUUCCGAGUCUCCUUUCUAUGCCGGUGAUGUUGAUAUCUUCCUUCAAGCAGCUCCCUCGACCCGUCAGCUUCGCAACAAGCUACUUGACCAUUUCUCAAAGGAUGUUAAUGACUCUAUCCAUGCCUACUUUGAGGGCAACAAGGGACUGGGCACGUGUCAGAAAGACUUGAAAAAGUUUGCAAAGGCAGUAGAGAGCCGACUGGAAGAACCAUUCGAUCCAUACUAUGGCGGAAAAUUCGUUUAUUCGCUGGCUCAGAAUGGACUUUCCUUCAUAUUCGAUUUGUUGGGUGCCAUCAUGGACUUUGAUAUCUCCAUCGCCACCUGUGCCUUUGAUGGUACGACAGUGCGUGUGACACCCCGGGCCGCCCUUUCAUUGCAACGAAUGCUCGUGGUUGUCACGCCAUUCUGUUUUGAAGAAAAAAGGAAUCGAUCUCGCAUAGUCAAGUACUGGAAACGCGGAUUCAUUCCAGCCGUAAUCGACCCGAACUGUAGACAUGCGAAUGAAUGCCACAACUUUGAGGCAGUUUUGGGUCUGGCGCCGAGUCCUGCUGCAGUUCCCGAAGCAGAUCUGUUGCAUGGUGGAGAAUGGCGGUGCAGGAAUUUGCGAUCCAAUGCCGAAGAGUACAACAAUAUGCUUGCUCUGAUCAAUGGCCAGGAAACCGCUGUAGCUCAUGCUGAUGAUCCCUUGCGCAUGGAAAAGUCCUUCAAGAAGGGGGGUGGCUGGCUGAGUCUUAACUUUUACGGCGGCCUGUGUUUGACUGCACACGCGUUUGGAGCGAUGCAAAGGCCUACAACGAAGCUCACAGUUCGAUGCAGGCUCAAUGGCACGCGGAAAGAAUCCGCUACAUCAACAAGCACGGCUUUGAAGAGGGAUAUAAAUCCCGUUUUCUCUUCCAUGACAUUUGGAAUGCAACAGGCACCAACCCGCUGGAUGACAUCUUUGCUCAGGCCGCUCGUCACGAGUUCCCUGAACAAAUUCGUCCUCCGAUUGGGUUGA